UGGCUCUGCACUCAGGAAUUACUCCUGGCGGUGCUCAGGGGACUUUAUGGGAUGCUGGGAAUCGAGCCCGGGUCGGCUGCGUGCAAGGCAAAUACCCUACCCACUGUGCUAUUUCUCCAGCCCCAGGCCCCCUAUUUUUUAAAAUUUACAGGUAUGUACCUAUACUUUAUAUAUACAGUACAUAUAUAUAUACACACAUUAUAUAUACAGACAUAUAUACACACGCAGUUGAUUUGGGGGAAUGGAGAUUGCUCUAAGCAGUAAUGCCAGCACCCUUGAUUGGUUGAUUUUCUCCAGUUCUCUGAGCUCUCAAUAACUUGGAACUGAAAUAAAGAGUGAGCGACAUGGGCCUCAGCGCUAUGAAAUAACCGGGACUUCUACUGUGCCAUUCCAAACAUGUGAUGAUUCACUUAUGUCAGUGGGCCAAAGGGGGUGGUGGAAAACAAAAUUGGAUCAAAUGCCCAAAACAGCAUCGGUCACAUGGCAGGCACUUAGGCACCGGGGCCUUUCCAAAGACGUUCUCCUUCCGGGUAGACGUCCUGGCCUGCAGCCGCCAGCCCAGCCGGGUUCACCGCUCGGUUCCGAGGGCCCAAUUCCUCUCCCCACAGAGGCAGGCCCGAGACCGCGGGCUGACCCGCUCCAAGGCUGAGAAGACGCGUCCGCCCACGGUGACGGUGCCGCAGGUGGAGAUCGUGCCCGGGCGGCUGACCGAGGCCGAGUGGAUGGCGAUGCUGGCUGUGGAGGAGGGCGAGGAAGUGGUGGGGGACAUCAUGGCCGAGCUGCUGGCGCGAGUCCUGGACGCGGCCUUCAAGGUCUACCUGAGCCAGCAGUGCAUCCCCUUCACCAUCAGCCAGGCCCGGGAGGCCAUGCUGCAGAUCACGGAGUGGCGCUUCCUGGCCCGGGACGAGGGCGAGUCCGCCGUGGCCGACGACCCGACGUGGGGCGAGGACGAGGAGCCCUCGGCGUGCGCGAUGGACUCGUGGGCGCAGGGAUCGGUGCCCGUGUUGCACGCGCCCGCCGCGGGGAGACCCGAGGAGACCCAGGGCGAAGACCGGGGUAAAAAGACCCCCGUCGGAAAAGCGUGGGCGUCCGGAGGCUCCCAGGAUCACCCCAAGACUUGCGCGCAUCCCCCCCGGCCCGGAGUCUCCCCGGGGCUCCCGCGCACCCCGGAGUCCGCGCAGGAGGCCGGGCCCGAAGCUUCUGUGCUGGACUCGCCCUACUCUGCCUCUCUGAACCCGGACGUCCCGUUGUCGCUGGAGGUGACGUACAACGAGAGCCUCCACCCUUUCCUGGACCCGUUCGAGGAAAGCAGCUACUCCCCGCAUCCGUCCGAGAAGCCGGAGUCCCCGGGUUCCGCGCCGUCGCUGGAGGAUGGCUACGGUGACCUCGGCUCGGCCGACGGCGCUGGGGACUGGGUGUCGGCCUCGAAGGAGUCGGUGGCCAGCACCCCCGAGAGCGCGCGCUCCAGCUCCUGCGCCGAGGGGGGCUCCUGGUCAGGCUCGGCCGAGGUCUGGCGGUCACUGUCGUCGCCGCGGAGUUCGGCGCGGUCCCGAGGCUCACAGAAGGCGGCCUCGGCGCGCCCGGAGCCCGCGCGGAUGCCCAGGUCCUGGGUGCGCCCCUUGGUGGAGGUCGUGGGCCCCCGCUACCCCGCGCACCUUUGGGAAGCCCUUGGCGCAUGGUCCCUGGGAGAGAAGUUCGAGGACUGGCCCGAACGCCGGGACCUCCCCCGCUCCCGGAAAAAUUUGUCUCCUCUCCCGCCCGGUGGUCGUUUCAGAGCCUCAAGCGGCAGACCCCGAGUCCAGUUAAGCCCUUUAAACCUACACAUACCUUGUUCCAGCGUCGGGUCGAAGAUCCCCAACACCGGGCUUAGCUUUUUGGACGCCCACCGGGGGAUCCCCGAAAUAGUCCAGAGCCCGCCCCCCAAAGUGUGGCCGAAAGCUCACUGGCCCACCGGCUGGGAGGGGGCGGCUGAGUUGCUGGAUCAGAUGUGGGCGGGAGGCCGCCACCCUCACGUGCUCACCAAGGGCCCCCCAGUGGACAAGGGGACGCCUGAUGUCCUCACGUGGCUUCACACGGAGCCGCCUACGCUCACGGCCACGAGUCAGGUGCUCUGGACACCCAUAUUAAUGCCCGAAGACAUGACGCUGGCCCCCGGGGUGAGCAUGUGGAACCCAGCCACGCAGGAGCUGCUCACCUCUGGGGGCUCGCAGCUAGAGAGCAGGGAGAGUGAGGACCCCUCUCCCCAGAAGCAGUAUCCCAUCCAGACCUCGCCCCCCAGGCCCCUGGUGACCACGGCCCAGCUCACAAAGAACUCAGCCCCCAAAGUGUCGCAGGUCCCCACCAAGCCGCCCGCCCCUUCCACGCCCUGAGCCUCAGGCAAUGAGAACCGGACCUUCCUUCGGCUUUCUCACCAGAAAUAAACACUCGAGUUGCCUAGAAAAUUGGCCUGAUGUGUCUUGUCACUGUAGAAUGAG